AUGCCAGCAUUCUCCAGAUCCGCCAAGACGGCGGUCGCAUCGGCUACGCCGAUAGCAGCUGGUCCCCAAAAGACACAGCCGGUGCCGUUGACAGCGGAGGAUCCGAAGGACGACUCGAGCUCUACCGCCAACCUGACUCGGCAGUCGCUUCACGUUCUGCACCAAUUCCUUGCCUACGCCGAUCCAGAAGCAGCAAGUUUGCUGCCCCUCUCCGACAAUGAUGCAACAUCAUCAUCGAUACCCACUGAACUCGACCAAAUCGAGCCAGAAAUCCCGAUACCCGAGUGGAACGUUCUUUAUACCACCACCGCUCCACCAGCCACGCCCGGCGGAUUUGCCUCUUCCAUCACCGUUCGCUCUCAUCCUGAUCCUAGCCGUUACCUCUUCAGCGUUCAGUCGACCCUGCCAGGUGUUACCGCCAGACAAUUUUGGUCGCUCAUGGCUAGUGCCGAGAACCGCAAGCUAUGGGACAACACUGUCGAGGAGGGAGCAGUAAAGCGCUGGUUGUCCAAAGAGGCACAAACUCGCUCCAACGAUUCAUCAACAACGAGCUCACCAUCAGAGACGGCACGCGCGGUCGCUGCUCGAGUCGAAGUUCUUCGCUUCGGAAGCAUCUUCAUGGUUGCAAAGGCAAGAGAUAUGGUCCUUUUGAGCGUGGAUGCUCGCCUGCCUUCCCAGCCGUCAAAGCCUGGCUCGGCUGGACCGCUACGCCUCGUGUCCACUUCGCAAAGUAUCGUCGACCCUAGUUUGCCGCCUCGCAAAGGCUACACCCGCUUCGAGCUCAAGACAGGAGGCUUCAUGGUCGAGGAUCUGGGCGACGAUGGUGUUCCGGACGACUACAUUCAGACUAGCACUUCCGAUCUCGGUAAAAGCCCUUCUUCCGCCACCUCAACCAAAGGUUCGCACUUCCGCAAAGGUCUCCUCGCUCUCAGUCGCCGUGGAAGGUCAAACUCCUCAAGCAGCUCUGGAAGCCGACUCCUUGCACAAACGUCAGAUUCUGCAGAUCCUUCUGCUGCCUAUGUGCCGAUUCGGGACCCUCGUGGCCCUGCUGUAUGUAUCACUCAGGUUUCCGACCUAGGAGAGAUGGCCGCUUGGGUGCCCGCUUCGGUCAUCAAGAUGGUCGCUUCUACGUUGGUGCCGAGAAGCAUCGCAUCGGUUGCAAAGGUUGCAAAAACCAUGCAGGUCUCUCCUGCCCUGUAUCGCGAAUUCGACGAGCGUCAUUCGACGGAUGCCGACGCUGUUGCGGACAACCUCGGUCAGGCGAGCGGCACAUGGUAUCGACAUCGAACGCUGCCCGCCGUGGUCGGGCGAGGUAUACUUCGCAAAACAGGUCCUACUCAAGAAGCCAACCCGCCGGUCCCAGUUGCGACUGAUCUCUCAGCUCCGCAACAUGCUGGGUCCGUUCGCCUCUCAGACGUGCCAGAAACUCCGAUCACCCCAGUCAAAGGCAGCUUUGCGCCAACGAACAGUGAAAUCAUUGCGCAGGCCAAUACCCAGACGAACGAAGAGGCUCAGAGACAGAUCCUCGCCCAGACUCAGGCACCAGCUCAGCCGAAAAGCCCUUUACCGCCGCGGACAUCGUCGCUGCCCGGAACGCCUGUCUUGGAUCGCACCGCUCUUGCCUUUCCUGGCUCGCCUAACAAGCCCACGUCGCCGAGCAGCCCGCUCGCUCGGCCUGCGAUGCUGCUGGAUUUGCAGAGCCUCGCUCCUCCUUCUUUUGGCGAUCGUGGCAUGCGCAAAUCGCAGGGUACUGCAUCGCCGGCCUCCCCCGGCAUGUUCACAUCGACAGACUCAGACACGGGCUUUGAUGACCACAUGGCACACUCGACGUCCUCAUUGACCUCUUCGGCAAUGCUCUCACCUAUAAAAAUGAAGAAACGCUUUGUUGGUCUGACACCUUCGGAGGGCACCGAAACGGUUCCAGGCUCUGUAGCUGCUAGUGACUUUGAGGAAGCCGGUAGAGGAGACUAUCUGUCCAAAGGCAGAUCUUCUGAACAGCCUAUUUACGGUCUAGCACAACAUCAGUUCAAACGAGCCACGCUCAAUCUUGCGCCAGGGGAUCGACAGGAAGUCCUUCAAAGUGUUGACAGCCAACUGGACGAGGAGGAUGAAGGCGACAUUACGUUGCGUCAGAACGGACCUGCUUCGCCCUCGUCGGUGGCGUUGGCAAUGAGUCCAGCCGAGAAGCGAUCGCGACUCUUGUCGAACGAAUACUUUGCCGCUCACAUUGAUGGUGUACGACACACAGGUCAGCAAGGCAGCGAUGGCUCUUCUGGCGACAGCUAUGGACGACAAGGUGCGGGAAAGCCGAAGCAUGCGCCUGAACCAGGAAAGGAUCGCCAGCAUCGUCAAGCAGCGCCGGAACUGGAUCGCAAGAUGCGUCGGCUGUCAUCAGCACUGUACGCCGAAAUGGAACGCAGGCAGAACUCGCAGUCCGGAUUCUCGCCCCGAUCAUUUCAAUCGACAAAGCAGCUUCCGAACAUCGAUGUCCAUCAAGAAGAGCUUCUACCCUCGCAGCAAAGCUCCGACUUGGUCGCUCUCUUAGCAGAUGCACUGACAGAGUCCAUGCCAUUCAUGUCUGCAGAAGAUGUGCAGGUCAAGGAACAGGUACGACGAGUCAGUGCGAUGCUGCUCGCAGGCUCGGAUGCACUAGCGCUCAGCUUGGCUCCCGGUGCAAGGGACAGUCUGGGCUUGCAGCUGGAUGGAUUGAGUACGCCUUCGGAGCUGUCGGAACCUCCUACUCCUCGCUCGUCGGGAGGGUUUGAGAGCCUACAUGGCCAGACUGCGAACGCGAAAGGGAGGGGCAAAGCGAAGGAAGCACGCGCAAAGUACCCCGAUAGUCUUUCUGCACGACCAAGAAAGUCUCCCAAAGCGACGCAACAAGCCGACCGCCGCAGCCGCAAGAUUUCGGUCGAUUCAGGGUCUCGAUCCAUCUCUGUAUCAGCUGCACGCGCCGAUGCCGUCGCAGUCACGGAAAGCGUGAUAUCUGUUUCUAGAGGCAGCAACGGCGUGGCCGCUGCUGCAUCGACAGAGCAACAAUCAACCACAUCAUCUGGCUUCACCAACCCGGCAAGCUCCAAUGGCAGCUCUCAUGUCGUCCCGAGCAGUGCCGAUACUUCGUUGCUCAACUCCAGUGCUGAUCUUGCAGCGACGCCGGCGGGCGGUGGCAUCGAUGCGGCGGUUUCGUCGACCAAAGCGGUAGACACACUUCGAGAGCUUGAACGCACCAGUCGCAGAUCCGUACGUGCUGUCAAACGGAACCUCGUCACGAGUGCCCCGAUUGGCAUGCACAGCGGCGGUGCGAGAGGUGGCACCAAUGCGAGAGACAGCGGCUACGGUGCACGACUUUUGUCCGGGUUAGCGUACUACAGCGGCUACUCUUGGUACUAUUCGCCCGCCGCAAUAACGACCGAAGGGCAGAGACACAGUCCGGCUGGAUCUACCGCCAUUGCUCCGACAUCCCCGGCAGGCGCAGUCAGCAUCGCCGGAGGAACAGGAGGUGGCCUUCAUCGACCGAUCUCCACCCGGUCCACAACGAGCAUCGGCCCACGCAUCCCUUCACAGCACUCGCUGGGUCGACGCAAAACACGGGCGAACUACAAGCUGGAGAACAACGCCAAGUUGCAUCCCUUCCCUGGGUCGUUAGGUAAAAGAUCUGGUCAGGUCGGCGCACAGCAGUCGGCUUCGAUUACAACCACUGCUACCGGUAGCAGCCACGCAGGAGAGGUUGACAAGAGUCGUACAGCAGCUCUGCCGCCACCGAUCACAGGAUUUGGGGUGGGACGGAUGCGCAGAUACCCAUCCUCUGGCGUCCCCGCUGAUGUUGAACGGAGGCGAAUGAGCAAGACCGGUACAGUCGCGCAAAACAGUGAUAUCGCAGCGUCGCCAGAACAUCAGCAGCAACAGCAGCAGCAUAGCAUGGACGAGGCAGACGAAGAUGACAGUUGGGAAGACGAAGGCGGUGCUUCACCGUACACUCAUCUGAAACCGCAGACCACAUCAGGGGUAUCAGUAAAGGUCUAG